AUGGAUGAACCAUUAUUUGGAGAGAGAAAGAAACAAACACAAAUUUCUCAAAUUAUUAUUUCUAUAAUUGUUGCAGCUUUUUCAUUGUUCUCAAUAGCAAUUGGUGUAUAUUUUGGAAUUAAAGUAAAUGCAAGACAUUUUGUAUUAGUUGGUACUAUUAUUGUUAUAUUUGGAUCAUUAGCCUUAUUAGUUAAAUGGUGGAGAGAUCAAGAUGAUAGAAUUCAUCCAAAAUUCAAAUACCUUAUCUUCCUUUUAGCUGGUUGUGUAAUUUUAGCUUCAAUUUCACUCAAUUGUUAUGUUUGGGUACCAAAAGCACUCACUUGUAAUGGUUUAUAUACAUUUGAAAAUAAAACAUGUAUAUCUGUUCAAGAUCCAUCUUCAUGUUCAUGUGGUUUAACUUAUGAUCCAGUUCAAUUGAAGGUCUAUUGUACAGAAUACUGUCCACCACCACCAGAUUCUGGUAGUAAUAAUUCAUCAUCUUCUGGUAAAAAGCUUGAUGAAUUCGAUCCUGAAUACGAUAUAUUUAAUUAUGAUUCAAAUUAA